AGACCUAACAAGACUCACUUAGGCUAAAUCAUGGCAAGUAUUCUCCACAGCUGACAACCUUCUCAAUAUGAGUUUUGACGCCGCGGAUGUUGUGUGGACUAACGGGAGCUCCCCGACUCUUUACGCGGAGACUCCGCCGUCGCGUGCUGGCUUCAACUCCUCUAACCUCACGGCCGUCCCGGACAACCACACGCACACCAACCACACCGCCCCUCUGGACCUGAGCCGGGCGGUGCCGGUGGGCAUGGUACUGGCGUUCUUCAUCAUGUUCGCCAUCGUCGGGAACAUCCUAGUCAUUCUGUCAGUGGUGUGCAACCGGCACCUGCGCAUCCCGACCAACUACUUCAUCAUCAACCUGGCCAUCGCAGACCUGUUGCUGGGCACGACGGUGCUGCCGGUGUCGGCCACCCUUGAGGUUCUGGACUACUGGGUGUUCGGGAGGAUCUUCUGUGACAUCUGGGCGGCCGUAGACGUCCUGUGUUGUACGGCGUCCAUCAUGUCCCUGUGCGUCAUCUCCAUCGACCGCUAUAUUGGUGUGCGCUACCCGCUGCAGUACCCGAUGAUCGUCACGGAGAAGCGGGCCCUCCUGGCCAUGCUGGGCGUCUGGAUACUGGCAAUAGUCAUAUCCAUCGGCCCGCUCCUCGGAUGGAAGCAGCCCCCAUCUCAGGAUGACACAGAGUGCCUUAUCACUGAGGAGCCCUUCUAUGCUCUCUUCUCCUCGCUCGGCUCCUUCUACAUCCCUCUGGCGGUGAUCCUGGCCAUGUACUGCCGGGUCUACGUCGUGGCCAAGCGCACCACUAAGAACUUGGAGGCCGGCGUGAUGAAGGAGCGUGUGGAGGACUCCAAUGAGCUUACCAUGAGGAUCCACUGCAAGAACCAAGAUAUGUCUGCCUCUGGAGGUGGGGGGUCGAAGGGUGGAGGAGGUGCAGCAGGUCGCAGCACAUUAACAGUGAAGCUGCUGAAGUUUUCCCGAGAGAAGAAAGCGGCCAAGACACUAGGCGUGGUGGUGGGCAUGUUCAUCCUCUGCUGGCUGCCCUUCUUCCUGGCGCUGCCCAUUGUGGACAGAUGCGAUGAGGAGACCCCCUCCCUGCCUACAAUCACAGCAGCCCAGGUGUGUGGAGAGCUGAGGAGGCUUCGCCCCAGCAAAACUGCAGGUCCGGAUGGUGUAUCCCCACGACUGCUGAAGGCCUGCGCCAGCAGCAGCAGCGUCUGGUUGACAGAGGCUGACUGCGACCUGCACAACUUGCCAAGGGCUUUGCUGAAGUACCAAACCUCCACAGCCCACAUCCGCUCUCAGAUCGCCCUGAGCACCUUUGGUAAGAGUUGGACAGACACAGCACUGGAUGAGCAGCUCAGGCUCCACAUCACUGCACAUAAUGAAAAGGAGAGCAUUGCUAUCGCUCCACUCAACCACCUUAUCUACUCUGUGCUGGUGCAGUCCAGGGUCACUAGAGCUUCCCAGUAA